AUAAAUAGAAGGGGUAGUUGCACCGUUGACCCAGUGUUGGGUUGACACACGGUCAGUUCAGUCACUCGAGGCAUCUCUCACACACACAUCUCGCUCUCAUUCCUUCUCUCAUUCUGUCGCGUCGCCUCCGCCUUCCACUGAUUUUUUUAUCCGCGUGAAUUGUUGAAGGUGAGAACGAGGAGGCCUCGCGCUCAAGUCUUGGCUGGAUCCUCCGGGUCGAUCCAACGCGAUCCUCAGCACUGCCCUUUCAUACCCGUUUGCCUCUUGCGAGCGACACGACUUCUUACCCGAGGAAUCGUCGCGCGACACGACCGCGUCGUCCUGGUGCACCGUCGUCGAGGGAGGCACACUUCGACGCUAAAAGAAAUAAGAAGCAGCGUUUGUACACACCGUAUUGUUCAUCGUCGUUGUGUUCGUUACAUCUCUCGCGCGUAAGGGCGUAUUCCCUUUCGUCCCCCUGUCACCGUCGGAUGCGCGCGGGUCACUCGAAUCUCCCUGACACAUCGUCGAGGCACGGGCCAACUAAUGUGCAACGAGAAUCAGGCCUUAGCAGCAGUCAAUUCUUUUCGGGGGAAUAAACCCUCUCUGACUUAGACGGUCGCGCUCGUCGCUAGACUUCGGGGAUCCCCAGGAUCGCAACAGCGAGUCGAAAAAACCGGACUGAAUCAGUCGCCAGCGGCCAGCGGAACCAAGACCCGUUCUCGUUUGUCCAGCGUGAAGAGGAAAGAUGUCAGAGACAACCGUGGUCACGCAGGGGAUGGGCAAUCCUUACAAGAUAGUCGACCAUACUAGGGAGCGAAGAAAGGGCAUCACCGCCUCGUCGCUCAAGGAGCUGACCAGCAUCGCACGCAACCGGCUGGCAUUGCCCGUGGACGCGGAUCUGACGAUUGUGCUCGAGCAGGAUGGAACGGAGGUGGAUGACGAGGAGUAUUUCGCCACGUUGGAAAGGAACACGAGCCUGAUGGUGCUGCAUGGUGAUCAGAAAUGGGUCGCUGUGGGCAGCAGCAAGACGGCCUCCCGUUACAUCGUCGUGGACGACGUGGACAACGUGGAGGGUGGUUCAAGGGUCGACAAGAUUCGACGACGGCGAACACCCAUUGAGCCUCUGGUGUCGUCGCUGCACGGCGACCCGUCGCACAUCUCGCUCCUGGGCGGAAACGACCUGGAAUUACUCAGCGACAUGGAUCCUGACAGUUUAGCUGACAUAGUGCCCGACAGACUCUUCCUCGAGCAGCUUAAGGAGGCCUCAGGUCGAUUCCUGGCGGAGAAGCGGCAGGCGCAAGAAUCCAUGGCUCUCCUCCAGAUGUACGCGACCGGGGGUGAGAUGGAGCGAGCGUAGGCCAUGUGGGGGGUGGGCGCCCUCACUUUGGCAAAUAUGUAUAGAGUGCGACGCCGCAUAUUCUAUAAAGGUCGCCAACUGCAACAAACUCUGAUUCUAUUCUGGAAUUGAGCCCAUCUCGCUAUUUACACAAACUGGUAAAGUAAUUGAGAGCAGAAGCGUUAGUCGCUCGAGCCGAACACAGCCGCUGUAAAUCUCACGUCAGCGAUUAGAAUUUCGUGUAAUCUCUCUCUCGCGUUCUAAGAACACGGGGAAAUAAAAGGGAUAAAAACACUGUACAGAGACACGGAACAUUAGUAGUUUACGUUCGCCCAAUAAUUUAGUACCGUAAUAAUCAAUAAUAAUAAUAUAAUAAUAUAAUAAUACUAGCAAUAGGUUUCGCGUCUUAGAGGAAAUAGUAGCUCUAAGUUUUUGUAGAAUUUUUUUAAUCUAUAUACAUACAAUUCAGUGGCACAACUAUGCUUUGGCAAUACUUUACAUCCUUAGUGAGCGUACGGAAUUGCUUUAAUACAACGUAAAAGAGAGAGAGAGAGAAAUAUAUAUACAUACCUUGCUGUACCGACAGAAUUAUACACGCGCAAUUUAACUGCUAAUUUGUCUGAAUAAUACAUAAGAGGCGAAGCCGCGGUGAGUAACGUUUUCGGAGUGGGUAUUCCGUCGCGAUAUUGCCAUAUCAAGUAUUAGCGAAACGUGUUUUGUUUAUGGGAUUUUUGUACUUAGAUACGUCACACCGAGAUUUGGUUCAACGAAGAUCGAUGGAAUAUUUAAGACUGAAUUCAUAGGGAAAACCACCACCCCACCCCCCAUUGAGAUCACCAAUUCAUUGUACACUAACAUUAGCGAUGUAAUAGCGACAAAAAAGUGUCGAUAUCAGCCCUUUGAUACCAAGCAAAAUUGUGCUAUUUGAUAAAAAA